AUGGCGGUUUUAAAAAUAUUGAUACUCAUUAAUCUAUGUUUGGUUGUAUUUGCACGUGAAAGAUAUUAUUGCAGUCAUGAAUCUGCGUUGAAACUGUUAAAGAGACCGACUUACGAAUUCUCAAUAAGGAUUCUGGAUAGAGUGUCACAUGAAACCGGUGCCCAUUUUGUGUUCUCGCCACUGUCAACAUGGCUGCAGCUUACGAUUUUAGCGGAAGGUGCGAGAGGAAAUACCUUGAAUGAGAUCUGGAAGGUCACAAGACAUCAUCGAAUGCGGUGCUUCCGAAGGAAGUUACGUGAUAUCUUGAACUCGAUGGAUGAAGAACUAAAACUGAUGAGUAAGAGAUCCAGCGUGAUCAUUGUAGAUAAACUUCUCGAAGUGAAAGAUUCAUUCAAGAAGGAAGUGGAGAAGUUGCAUGGGGUCAAAAUUUUGACCUUGAACUUUAAUGAUCCCGAGAAAGCGGCUUCUGAAGCUAAUGCUAUUAUGGAAGCAGACAUGGGAGGCGUUAUCACUGAAGCGGUUUACCCAAAUGAUUUUAAUUUUACUGUUUUGCUAAUGACAGAUAUAACGUAUUUCAGAAGCGAUUGGAAAUAUCCCUUCAAUCGAGCGUAUACUACGAUAGAACCGUUCUAUUCAGAGCAAGGUGUGAAGCUGGGUGAUGUGAGAAUGAUGAACCAAGUCGCGUAUUUCCAUUUAGUUGACGUGUCGUUGAUAAAUGCUAAAAUCUUAGAACUACCUUGCAGCGCCGACGAUAGAGUUGCAAUGUUAGUAUUCCUACCCACUGAAGGUUCGAUAUCCGAUAUUUUUUUUUCACUAAACGCUUUAAGAUUGACGACAAUUUUUAAUUUAUACAAACAAAGAGGGAUGCAGUUAGUAAAAGUGAAGUUACCCAGGUUCAAGAUAAUAACAGAUGUAGAUACGAUACCAGAGUUGGUGUACGAUAUGGGGGUGAAGAGAAUUUUCUACCCCCACUUGGCCGAUUUGAGCGGUAUAAGCGAUUACAGGGUGCAUGCGUCUUUGAUGUCUCAAAUAGCGGAUAUAGAGGUGACAGAAGAAGGAAUCUCGGCCAAAUCUGUUGCGGAGUUUCUUCUUACCGAUAAUAAAGCGGUUGAGUUUAACGCAAAUCAACCAUUUGCUUUUCUUGUCGUAGAUAAGAAGACAGAGAUGAUUCUAUUCGCUGGAAGCUAUAAUGCACCGUCACUGUAUUAA